AAUGAAGGGUUGCUUUGACGAGCUUUUCGAACUGUUCUUCACUUUCAAGGUUAUCGUUGUCACACCUGACGUAUUGGAACUAACAGAAUGUCUUCUAGAGUAUUACGAAAAUUGGCGGAAGGUUCACAGAAUCAGACUGACGAAAAUGAUGAUAGUAAUGAUGACUGUGAAAAGAAACAUUCGAUUUUCUCUAAAUUCUCAAAUUACUCCCCUGAACAACAAAUAAAGAUUUCCUCAUCUGAUGAAUGUCCCGUUGCUGACACUAAACCUGUCAAAUGCAAAAAAAGGAAAAAGCGAAGUAAACAAAAAGAGAAAGCUGAAGAUGUUACUGACCAAUUUGAUAAUCUGAGUUUGCAGAACGAGGUAGAGAUAUGUGAUCAAAAGAAAGAAUUGACAGAAUUGCUCAAAGUAAAUUCGAAAAUGUUGGACCAUGUUGCAGAACUAAAUCGUUUAUUCCGAUCAGAGGUUACUAAUUCGCGUACAUCAUCGAGAAAAAAGCAAAUUCAUAAAAAACACGGUGGUUUAGUAAUGAUAAAACCUACUUGGCCACUCGCUGUUAGAACUGGCCUAAGUAUGGAACCUUUAGGUUGUGGUUUAUAUACGUUUGUACAUAGUAAAGAAUAUCAAAAUGUCCAGAGAUUAUUUCAUAGUGCUUUAGAAUCCAUGAAUGUGAAUUUUUUGAAUACCCUGCUAUAUGAAAAUCCAUAUCACAUUCACUGCCUUUUACAAUUAAGUGAGAUAAUGAUGCAUCAGGAAGAUACAACUAUGGCCAUUGAUCUUUUAGAGCGUGUUCUUCAUGCAUUCCAGUCAGCCUUUCAUCAUUCAUUCAAUCCACUCAACGCAUCUUGUCGUUUAGACUUUAAGCAUCAGAUUAAUCGGGGUCUAUUUGUAGCACUUUUUCGUUAUAUCCUAUCUAUUGGUGAGCGUGGUUGUUACCGAAGUGCCUUGGAAUAUUGCAAAUUAUUACUCAGCCUGGAUUAUGAAGGUGAUCCUUUAACAGUUCUACUCAUGAUAGAUCAGUAUGCUGUGUUCUCUGGACAAUACAGCUUCUUAAUCGACUUAUUUGAUAGCCUAAAUGAGUCGCGCAAUUUGGAUUUACUUCCAAAUUUCGCUUUUUCUAUACCAUUGGCCCGCAAGUUAGCAGGAGAAGAUUUAGAAAAGUCUGAUGGAAACAAAAUGAGCGUGAAUGAAGCUUUACAAGAUGCACUAAUUAUGUUCCCUGGAUUUGUAACACGUUUGCUCAAACAUACAAGUAUUGGGGGUAUUGGAAACCUUGACAAAUCAAUUCUAUUUGGAAAGGAACUCUUACUAAGUGAAUCUGAAAGUCUGGGACAUUUAAUAAGUCUAUAUGUUGCACGCAUGCACUCUCUUUGGUCGUCACCGAAUAUUCUGCCAUGGUUGGAAAAGAAUAUUGAGUCUGUUUUAGCCAUGGUUGAACCAAAACAGAUUCAUCCUUCCAAGAACAAAACUAUUGACCCACGUCUUGCCGAAUAUUCUAAAAGACGUAAAGCUCUCUAUCCUGCCUUCCCACCAAAGAUUUUAAGACAUUUGUUUCUAUCUGGAGUUCCUGAAGCACCACCUGUGUUGCCCAGAAAUUUGGUGAAUACUCCCAUUUAUGCAUUCGAUCCUUUUCCACCUAAAAAUUCUAUUGAUAUUUGCAAGAAAGAAGCCAAAAAACAUAUUUAUGCAAGUUCGUCUAGUGAUGGCUUCUUCACUGGACUCUUAACAUCACUGUUACCGUCAAGUUCUUUUCAGUAUCCAGUUGCAGAACCGUCUGCUGACAGUUCUUCUGAUGCAGGCGCUGCAGACAGUGAAAACAACACUCUUGGUAUUGUGAACGGUGUUAUGCGUAAUGCAUCAGAAAGUGUCUAUGCUACUCUGAGACAAGUUCUAGAAAGAAUUGACAUUCGAUUUUUAGGAAUAGGAAAUGAAGAAAUUGAUCUUGACGAAGAUGAUAGUUCAUUUGAUGAAGAGAUGUAAUUUUUGGUGGAGAGA